AUGAUUUCAAAGCUAGCAAAUGAAACUUUACAACAUGUUUUUAGUUUUAUUGAAGAUACUAAAACGUUGUAUUCUAUUAUUCGUGUAAAUCGCUCUUGGUGCGGAAACGGUAUCAAAUAUUUGUGGAAAAAUCCCUUUACAGAAAAUAUUCAUGAUUUAACAAAUCACUCCAAAAUCUUAAACGUAUUCAUACCAAUCCUGAAAAAAAACAAAGUUCUAGAAUGGAAGAAUAAGGCAGAUUGUAUGAAAAAAAAAAUGCUCGAUACUAAAUUUAUGUAUCCUAGUUUCAUUACCCAUUUGGAUUACGAUAACCUUUUUAGAAUUGUCUCAACAUAUUAUAAAAUGAAUAAAGAUGAUGCUGAUUCCUUUGUAGAUUAUAUGGAAGAGCAGUACAAUGUUUUAUUAAAACGAACCCAUCAGACAUCGUUGAUACCUACUAACGAAGAAUCGCCAGAAGAUUUUGGAUUAAGGAAAAUCUUGUUUAUAAUUUCAAUUAUAUUGACAACUUUAGGAAUAAGCAGGGCAAGCAUCAAAUGGCUUAAAAUUAAUUUCAAAAGCAAAGAUAUUGAAGAUAUCCUUCAUGAUUUCUUAAUAUUGGGGAAAGACUUGGUUGCGAAUUUAAAAUAUUUAGAAUAUGGAAAGUUAGCUUAUAAGCUUCCUAUUUUGAAUAUUUUAUCGGCAAGUUGCAAAGAGUUAGAAACGAUAAAUAUUCAAGAACGAUUUUUCCAGUUGAUUAGAAACCAGGUGGUAACCUUAUUGAAAAACCAGAAAAAACUUGAAGAUGUGCGGCUUAUUGGAGCGAAUAUUUUGAUGAGACUAAAUUAUGAAGAAACUAUUUUUGAAAUGAUCUCAUCGUUGGAAAUAUACGCGUAUUCUCUAAAGAUUAUAACAUUUAGUGGAAUGCAUGUAAAUAACGAUGAAACAUUUAAAUUUUUCGGCAAAUGUAAAAAUUUGGAACGCGUGACCUUGGAAAAUAUGUGCAUAUCAUUCAAAAAUUUUGAAUGGAUUGCUUCGGCGGAAUUUCCAAAAUUAUGGUCUUUAACGCUAAUAAAUGUUUUCUGUGACAAUGAACUUAUCGGACAACCGAAUCCACUUCAAGGAAUAAUUCAAAACAAAACGUUGACACAAAAUUUGAAAGCACUUAGUCUCCUAUGCGCGUACAUAAAUAAUGAUAUUUUAACAUCAAUUGGUGAAAAUCAUAGAAAUCUUUGCUUCUUUUCUACACAAAUUACUGCGGAUGAUGAUAUACCAUAUCUAUUUAAUAUCCUUGACAAUUCCCCAAAUCUUGAAGAGCUUCACUUGAUAAUUCCAGUGGAAUAUACUUCUGUUGUUAAUACUAGGUUCAUCGUUGAUUUGGCAAAGAUUUUACCUCGUCGAAUUAACGCGUUACAAUUUUCAAAUCUAAUUCGCAACAUUGAUGAAUAUCGAAACUUUUUGGAGAAUUGUGUGGUGAAAUUAAAAUACUUUCAUCUCAACUUUUUGGUUUGUAGUCUUAAUACUAGGGAAUUUAAGCGUUAUAUACGCAGAUGGUCUAAGGAAAAGGGGAAGGUUAUAAUGAAUUAUCAUAUAACUUCUAAUAAAUUUUAUGUCAUGUGGAGAUAA